GCGCUGAGGGAGCGCAUGGCGGCGGUGGGGCCGCGGGCAGACCCCCGCGCCGGGGCCGAGGCGCUGGCACUGGCCGCAGAGCUGCAGGGCGAGACCACAUGCUCUAUAUGCCUGGAGCUCUUCCGCGAGCCAGUGUCCGUCGAGUGCGGUCACAGUUUCUGCCGCUCCUGUAUCGCGCGCUGCUGGGAGCGCCCCGGCGUGGGAGGCCCAGCGCCGUGCCGCGCGCUGCCCGGCCCGCUGCCCUGCCCACAGUGCCGAGAGCCCGUGCGUCCCGGCCAGUUGCGGCCCAACCGGCAGCUGGCCUCGGUGGCCACGCUGCUGCGGCGCUUCGGUCUACCUGCGGCCGCGCCAGGGGAGCGCCAGCCCAUGGAGGUGGCGCUGGCUGGGUGCGUCCAGCAUGGCGAACCGCUCAAGCUCUACUGCCAAGACGACGGACGCGCCAUUUGCGUGGUGUGCGACCGCGCCCGCGAACAUCGCGCGCACGCAGUGUUGCCGCUUGACGAGGCUGUGCAGGAAGCUAAGGAGCUCCUGGAGUCCAGGCUGAAGGUCCUGAAGAAGGAUCUGGAGGACUAUGAGGUGUUUCGUUCCACUGAAGAGAAGGAGAGCAAGGAGCUCCUGAAGCAGAUGGCAGCUGAGCGAGAGAAGGUGGGUGCAGAGUUCCAGGCACUGCGGGCCUUCCUGGUGGAGCAGGAGGGCCGGCUCUUGGGCCGUCUGGAGGAGCUGUCCCGGGAGGUGACACAGAAGCAGAAUGAGAACAUAGCUCAGCUUGGGGGUGAGAUCACCCAGCUCUCCAAGCUUAGCAGGCAGAUCCAGGAGACAACUCGAAAGCCUGACCUUGACUUUCUCCAGGAAUUCAAAAACACCCUAAGCAGAUGCAGCAAUGUGCCUGGCCCCAAGCCAACCACAGUCUCUUCUGAGAUGAAGAAUAAAGUCUGGAAUGUUUCUCUCAAGACCUUUGUCUUAAAGGGGCUGCUCAAGAAGUUCAAAGAGGAUCUUCGGGGAGAGCUCGAGAAAGAGGAGAAAGUGGAGCUGACCCUGGACCCGGACACCGCCAACCCCCGCCUCAUCCUCUCCCUGGAUCUGAAGAGCGUGCGCCUUGGACAGCGGGCCCAGGACUUGCCCUGCAACCCACGCCGCUUUGAUACCAACACGCGGGUCCUGGCGUCCAGCGGCUUCUCCUCGGGGCGGCACCACUGGGAGGUGGAAGUGGGCUCCAAGGACGGCUGGGCCUUUGGCGUGGCGCGCGAGAGCGUGCGCCGCAAGGGCCUCACGCCCUUCACCCCUGAGGAGGGCGUCUGGGCGCUGCAGCUCAACAGCGGCAAGUACUGGGCGGUGACUAGCCCCGAACGGACGCCCCUCAGCUGUGGCCACCUGUCCCGCGUGCGGGUGGCCCUGGAUCUGGAGGUGGGCGCCGUGUCCUUCUACGCCGUGGAGGACAUGCGCCACCUCUACACCUUCCGCGUCAAUUUCCACGAGCGCGUGUUCCCGCUUUUCUCCGUCUGCUCCACCGGCACCUACUUACGAAUCUGGCCUUGAAAGCCCUCCGCGGCCUCUCAGAGAGGCUGUCAGCUCUGCCUUCAGACACCUGGAUCCAGCUGGCCUGAGGUCUCUACUCAGGAAGGAGCGCUGUACUCCCAGCUCAGAGAACAGCCUGGACCAGAACUGGAAGGAGAUUCUUGACCUGUACAUGAGCAGAAAGCCCAAGGGCAUGGCUACUUUCCAGUACCCCUCAACCUGAUGAUACAGAGUGAUAUGUACUUUCUCGGCCACAGUGAGAGCCAUGUGUGCUCACAGAUGCCUAAACCCCUUCCAAAUGCCAAAGCAUAGUCUCCCUUGAGUAAGGAGACCAAAGGUUAUGGAAUUUUCAAACACAAAACAGCACUUACAAUUUUAUGGAUGUAACUAAUAUCAGCAUGGGACAGCACAUGGGAUGCCUCUGACAUACCCUUUCUGGAACUUGCCAAGUGUACGCCAACAGCAGCCUGGUGCCAAGGUCUGCUCAGCCUUUGCCCUGGUGGGGUGUUAUCCCUUGGCUAAUUGUUCCCCAGCUUCUGUUUGGGUGGGUUUCUGGGAGGGGGUGUUGGGCUGUUCCAUGCUUAAUGCUCCCCAGGGAAAGGAGAUGAGGAGAAGGAAAUAGACUGACCUCAUUUCUAGGGUGGCUUAGCUCAUUCUUGACUCCCCCAGACUGAGUGCAAGAGCACAGUAGGAGCAAAGGUUUCUGCUAGACUGGAUGAGCAAUUGUGUUUAAGUGUGUGAGGAAUGUGUGCACAUGUGUUUAUAUCUCAGAUUGAGGGGGGUAGGGGUGUGUGUGGGUUUUGGAGAGGGCAUUUAUCAGCAUGUGCAUAGGGCUUAGGUAUUGCAAAUCGACCUAGGUCAAUUUGGUAAUACCUUAUUUUUUAUUUGUUGCUAAAUAUUAGCUACCCCAUAUUUAGGUCAGGGCCAUAGGUUUCCUCCCCCACUACCUGGCUACCUGGCUAGAUGAAAGCCAGUCUCAGACGUCUUCUGUCCUGCAUAGGUUUAGACAGGUAUGUUGGCAUGUAGGGGCAGUGACAAUUGAAUAGUCUGGUCUGCAAGUGUCAUGGAGUUUCUGUGCUCUAUCCCUGAGAUGCUUCAAGCACACUUUGCAUACAAGGGUCUUACAGGGCAGGCAUGAUACUGUUCUAGAGGCAGACCCAGUGGACAUAGCACCAGGUAAUCAGAAUCCAGUGGCUUAUGGGCUGGGGCUAGGAUCAUAUAAGAGUCCAGCCACAGAGGUGGCUUAGUCAGUUAAGCCUCUGGCUCUUGAUUUCAGCUCAGGUCAUGAUCUCCAGUGGUGAGAUCGAGCCCCUUGUGGGGCUCUGUGGUGG